UGAAACGGGCAGUAUAUUUCCCACCGACACGUGAUAAAACCAAGUAAACAAUUUAAUGAAGUUACGAGUAAAACAAGACAUCAGUAUCUUCAUAUACAAGAAUCGGAGACUACACUACUAGAUUGCGAAUUUUUGGGACUUCUCAUUGUCUUCUCCGUUUCAGUUGAAAUCUAGACUUUUUGCAGAUCUAACUAAAACUACAAAGUCAGACCACUUACCAUUACUAAAUUUGAUUAAUACCCAUUCAGCUCCUUUAUUUCAUUAUUAAAACUGAUCACAUUCUAGCAUUUCUGUCUGGGGUUUACUCUUUCCUCCUCCUUCCUCUCUCUGUCCAGCUUCUUAUUGUGGUAAACUAAAGAGACAUAUACAGUGGUUGAAGUUUAGAGUUCCAUCAUGUUUAAGCAAUCGAGUAGGAAUCAGAGAUCAAAAGGGGGGUUCAAGGUAAAACAUGCUAUUCAAUUGGGUGUUUUGCUUGUUGUUUGCAUCUGGUUACUUCAUAAAGUCAACAAGUCAGAUGAUGCCGUAGAAGAAAGCAUCACGAAUGUCUCUGAAAAAGUAGGCAGCAAUGUACAUGAGAUUUCGAAGAUUGGGAGGAAGGGUCUUCUACCUCAAGUAGAGAAAACAAAUUCCGAGAGUGAGAACAAUGGGGAGGAAGAAGAUAACCAAGAUGAUGAAGAAGAGGAAAAAGAGAAGCCUGCAGAGAUGGAAAUUCAUAUGGGAGGAGUUGGUGAUGAUGAGAUUGGCGAACACAAUCAAGAGCAUUCUGAGGGUGAAACUGAGAAAGAAGUAGAAGAACAUGUUGAUGUAAAUGACAAGGAACAAGAUGAAAAUGAGAAUGAAGAGAGUGAAGAGAAGAAAGACAGUGAAAGUUUUCCCGAGGAUGAGGAGGUUCACACUCAGGAUGUGCAGGAGGAGAAUGUCAAAGGGGACGAAAAUGAGGGUGAAGAGAAAGAUGAGAAGAAUGUCAAAGGGGACGAAAAUGAGGGUGAAGAGAAAGAAGUGAAGAAUGAGAAUGAAGAAAAAGAAGAGAAGAAUGAGAGUGAAGAGAAGAACGAGAGUAAAGAAAAAGAAGAGAAGAAUGAGAGUGAAGAGAAGAACGAGAGUAAAGAAAAAGAAGAGAAGAAUGAGAGUGAAGAAAAGGAAGAGAAGAAUGAGAAUGAAGAGAAAGAAGAGAAGAAAGAGAGUGAAAAUUCUGCCGAGGACAAGAACACCCAGGAAGCAAGAGAGGAAAACUACAAAGGUGAUGAUGCUUCAAGUGCUGUAGUUCGAGACAACCAAGACGCAGAGUCUGAAACUGAAAAUGGUGGUUCAGUAAACUCAGAUGGAGAGCAAGUAGAAAAGAAAGAAACUGAUGAACAGGAAAGCAAAAUCGCUGAAGAAGUUACUUCUGAUCAGCAUGAUUCGGGCUCGAAGUCAGAAGAUGAGAAAAUUGCUAUUAUUGGUGAAGAUAACAAAACCGAGACUACUCUUUCUCCAUUUAACUCCACAAAUCUGGCAGAAUCUAAUGAUCAACCAGAAGUAAAUAGUGUUUCAACCCUUGAGAAUGCAGCUUCUCCUAGUUCCAUUCUACAAAAUUCAACAGAUGUAAACUCAGGUUCCACUCAAGAUCAGAGCGAGGUGACACAGCAAACUGUUGUAGCUAAUCAGACUGAAACUCCUGACUUAGCUGUUAAGGUUGAGCAAUCUCUAUCCACUUCACUGGCACCUUCUGCAAAUGUGACAUCUGAUUCAGCUAAUGGAGAACUAACUGAUUCAACUAGUAAUUUGGAGACUGUUUUACCAGAUGAAGUGUCGUCCACAAAAUCAAAUACGACAGUAGCUGGAGUGGAAGAUAGUUCAGUAUCUUUGGAUACAAGUGACGGUGCAGUUGCGAGUGAUAAAUCUGAAACUGUUGCAGAAAGGAGUGAGACAGUUGAUGUUAACCAAAGUGAGAAUUCUGAAACGCUUCUAAAGAAUGAGAAUUCUGAAAAUGCCGAUGGGGCAGAAAACAAAGAAUCCGAAUCAGCUGCAGAGAAAAAAGAGACAGAAAAUGACUCGUCUCUGUCAACUUCAACAGCAAAUGAAAAUUCAGAUACAACGCAAAGCGAGAGUUCUGGAAAAAUUGAGGAGAAUGAGAAAACGGAGAACUUGAGUACAGAAACUGGUGGGGGUGUUGAGACAAUGAAAACAGAAAACAAGUCUAAGUCUUCAACCUCAACAGCAAACCUGAACUCGGAGACAACCCAGGGUGAGAAUUCUGAAAAAAAUGAGGACGUAAACACAACACAGAAUGAAGGAUCUAGUACAAGUUUGGAGAAAGAGGAAGCAGGAAACAACCCUGUAUCUUCAACUACAGGUGAAAAUGAAAAUACAGCUCAAAUUGAAGAAUCUGAAACAAACAAGGAGACCUUGCCAGAGGCCGAAAAGGAAGAGAAAAGUGGUGAACAGGUAUCAGCAGAGUAAGAUAUUAGAGUAAAAUGUUAUAGGUCUUUAUCUGGUCUUAUGUUGACUGUUAAAUUCUAUUUAUUUGUUGUUCUACCACAAGAUGAAAGAAAUGCGAAGACACUCCACCAAUUUUAAAGGGAAAAGAGUGUACUUGUAGGUCAGAAGAACAGGAUGUAACUUAUUAAUAUUUUCAUGUAGUUUGUAUAAGAUGUCUUUUAUUUUAUUUUUUAUUUUAUUUA